CAAAGUGACAAAGCAAAAAACAACACUAAAAUCCUCUUCAUUAGUGUUCAAAGUUGCUAAAAUCACACUUCAAUUUCAAGAUCCAAUCUUUCACACAUUUCACACAACACAAAAAAUUUCUUGAAAAAUGGCAAAUUCAUGGAGAAGAAAUCAACAAAUCAAGAUUUUAACACCCAAAAAUCUCCUCCUUUUCUUCUUCACUUCACUUCUCCUUCUCAUUUUCCUUUACCUCACAUCACAAACUCAGCAACCCCACACAAAAUCCAUUGAAAAAACAAUCUUUAAUGUUCCAAUUACACCCUUUAAUUGUUACAAUUCACAACAAGCUUAUCCUAUUAUAGCUAAUAUAGUUGAAGGUGUAAAAUACCCUUUUCUUUUUUCACUUUCAGAUUUUGGUAAUUUGCCUGAAAAACCUCAUAAGAAUAUUCAAAGAAUACUUAAAGGAAAACCCUUUAGAAGGCCUGAUAUAUCUGUGACAAUUCAAGAAUUCUUGGAAAAAAUGAAGGGUAAAAAUGGAAUUGUAAUUGACGUUGGUGCUAAUGUAGGAAUGGCUAGUUUUGCUGCUGCUGUUAUGGGGUUUAAAGUUUUGGCCUUUGAACCUGUUUUUGAGAAUUUGCAAAAGAUUUGUGAAGGGAUUUAUUUUAAUAGAGUUGGGGAGUUAGUUGAGGUUUAUGAAGCUGCUGUUUCAGAUCAUAAUGGGAAUAUUACCUUUCAUAAGUUGGUUGGUAGGCUCGAUAAUAGUGCAGUCUCGGCCACUGGUGCCAAGUUGGCUUUUAAGUCAAACGAAGAGAUUGAAGUUCAAGUAAAAACUAUUCCCCUUGAUGAAGUUAUUCAAGAAACGGAACGUGUUCUGCUAAUAAAAAUAGAUGUUCAAGGCUGGGAGUAUCAUGUACUUAAGGGAGCAUCAAAGAUAUUGUCGAGAAAGAAAGGUGAAGCACCUUACCUAAUCUACGAGGAAGAUGAGCGAUUGUUGCAAGCCAGCAAUAGCAGCACCAAGGAAAUCCGGGAAUUUUUACGCAGUGUGGGCUACAACCGUUGCACUCAACACGGUACAGAUGCACACUGCACAAAAACAGAUUGACAGAGGUUAUUCAUGUAUAAAUGCUCUUCAGCUACAACUCCGGCAGGACCAUCAAUACUUUAAAUUCUUAACAGUUGUGCUACACCAAUUUUAGUGGUCAAUCAUCAUAUUAUUUUGCCGCGUUAAGCUUAGAAUGGUUUGAGGAUCGAGAACCUGGCGUACUAGUUGUUCAAAGCCGAGCUCUUGUUUUUUCAGUUCGCGUGAAUUGGAAGGCUGACUGAUACCAUGUUGAGGGGAUUAUGAAAAAUACUAACUUUGCUGAUAGGUUUGUGGUUGGGUAAAGCAGAUCGGAAAAGAGAUUGAUGAUUUUAGACAGUGGCAAGAUGUUUUCUCACACUUUUUGCUUGCUGGUUAUAACAUAUGUAAUGUGUGCACAGGCUAUUUAUAAUACUUUACUCGUCGAAGAAGUUUCUUUAAUCUGUAUUUUUCUCUCCUUUUACUCUUUGUUUGAUCAUUAAGUACAUCUAAUACCAUUCUUCCUCUUACCAA